AUGCCAUCCUCAGAAGUUUCCAACAAGGCCUUCAAUGAGGUAACCGCCGGCGUGCUCCAAAUUUUGGCAAGAGCCUUGCAGUCGAGCGAAGGUCCCGCCGGCCACCUGAACAUGGCCACAGAGAUGGCAAACAUCAUGACUCCGGCAUUUCAAACUCAUGCACGGUCGGCGACUGAAAUCCUGCCGAUCUUGCUUUUGGCGGCCAUGGAAUUAAUGGAGCAUGUAGAUCGUGUGUGGAACAACAUCAAGUUUAACGACUCUCGCAUCGAGCGCCAUCAGUUAUAUGGCAAGGCUCACAAGGUAAUUACUGCAUCGGCCCCAGCGCCGAUGUCGCAACCUCCAGAUACACCACCGGUCGAGGCGACCACAAAUACACCGGCGGUCCCUUCAGUGGUAGCAAAGUCCAAGCCACCUGGAAUAUCUGUCACGCGGAAGACGCCGAUAGACUUGUGUGAGGACAGUGACGAAGUCGAAAUUGUUGGGGAUAUCACCGAAAGCGAUGCUCUCCAGAAGAGGAAGCGGAGGUCUACUGGUGCAUCCGAAGAGGUCGCCGUGUGCCAUGAAGACAAGGUCAUCGCUGCCGGCGCUUGUAGACAAAGCUGA